GGUGUUCCGGCGGCGCUGUCUGGACCCUUCUCUUCCCGGGCUGCCGGACCUAGCAUGGUCGACGACGCGGGUGCUGCUGAAGUUUUGGGGGACGAAUGGAGGCCCGCCUGGUCCCUGGACAGGCUGCUCCGGGCACCACUUCCACCACCGCGGAUUCGCACCCGGCCUUGGUGGUUUCCAGUGCAGGAGCUGAGAGACCCACUGGUGUUUUACCUGGAGGCGUGGCUGGCUGACGCCAUCUUCGGCCCAGACCGAGCCAUAAUUCCAGAAAUAGAGUGGAUGAGCCAAGUCCUGCUGACGGUGGACGUAGUUAACUCUGGAGACUUAGUUGAAAUCAGUAUCUUCGGAUGGCCCCGUGUACAAAAUCGGGUGAAGAGCGUGCUCCUGAGCCUGGCAUCUUGGCACCGGAAACAUCGUGCCAGAGCUGAGAAGAUGAAACAACUUGAGGAGUUCUUGAAGACUGGUGGGACAGGUCCCCAAACUCCUGAGCAUCCUGUUGCAUAAGUAUUUUCAGGAGCAUUGUGAGAAGCAGCCCUACUUCUACUAAAGUUCAAGAGAAGCAA